GCCAUAAAAGUCCAUCAUGAGCCAUGACUUGUUGUGAUUGGAUCAAGUGUGUGUGGGAGAUGGGGUGGAGAUAAGGAACUUGAGGGACAUUUUUAAGAGGUCUCCUGUCAGACUUUGUGUGUUCCACUCGCCAGCAACACUCACUUCUGUUGUAAGACCAUAAAGCUCCACCAUGGUGCACAAAGUGGCAGUGAUUGGCGCCGGCCCGUCGGGUCUGAGUUCCAUCAAGACGUGUCUGGAUGAGGGCUUGCUGCCAACCUGCUUCGAGAGCAGCGAUGACCUUGGCGGACUUUGGAGAUUCAAGGAGGUAUCGGAGCCCAAUCGUGCCAGCAUCUACCGCUCCCUCACCAUCAACAUCUCCAAGGAGAUGAUGUGCUACAGCGACUUCCCCAUCCCGGCCGACUACCCCAACUACAUGCACCACUCGAAAAUCCUCAAUUACUUCCGUAUGUACGCGGAGCACUUUAAACUGCUGAAGCACAUCCACUUCCAGACCAUGGUGAAGUGCAUCAGACAGAGGCCAGAUUAUUCCCGCACGGGCCAAUGGGAAGUGGUGACGGAGAGGAGGGAUGGGAAGGAGGAGAUGCACGUCUUUGAUGCCGUCAUCUGCUGCUCAGGACAUUACACCUACCCCAACCUGCCCCUUCAGGACUUCCCAGGAAUUGAGACCUUCCAGGGACGAUACCUGCACAGCUGGGACUACAAGGGUCCAGAGGACAUGCCUGGCAAGCGAGUGGUGGUCAUCGGCAUCGGGAACUCGGGCAGUGACAUUGCGGUGGAGAGCAGCAAGUUUGCAGAGCAAGUGUACAUGAGCACACGCCGCGGCGCCUGGGUCAUCAGACAAGUGUCGGAUGACGGCAUGCCAGUGGACAUGAAGUACAACACUCGCUUCGUCCACAUCUUGUUCCAGCUCCUCCCCAUGAAGUUCCUCAACUGGCUAGGCGAGAAGAAACUCAACGCCAUGUAUGACCACACCAUGUAUGCUCUCAAACCCAGCCACAGGUUGUUCAGUCAGAUACCAGUGAUCAACGACGACCUGCCUUAUAAGAUUCUCUCUGGGUCAGUCAUCAUCAAGCCCAACGUCAAGGAAAUCCGUGGCUCCUCUGUGUUGUUUGACGACGGCAGCGUUGUUGAGAAGGUGGAUACCAUUGUGUUUUCCACGGGUUACAACUAUGACUUCCCGUACUUACCCAGCAGUGCUCUGUACAAGUCAGGGCACCGCGUCGGUCUGUACAAGCACGUCUUUCCUCCCACCCUGGAGCACCCCACCCUGGCCGUUGUAGGUUUCAUCCACGCCCUCGGGGCCAUCAUGGCGCAGGCCGAAAUGCAGGCACGUUGGGCCACGCAAGUCUUCAAAGGACAUAAGAAGCUGCCCUCAAACCAGGCCAUGGUCAAGGCUGUGGAGAAAGACACCAAGGACAUUGACCAAACUUACAUCGUGUCCAAGCUGACGCCGCUACAGGUGGACUUUGUGUCCUACAUGGACGACCUGGCCGGAGAGAUCGGAGUGCGACCCAACCUCCUGUGGCUCCUCAUCACCGACUACCCACUCUUCAAGAGGGUCCUGUGGGGGCCUGUCACCACCUACCAGUACCGCCUGACAGGGCCCGGCAAGUGGGAGGGCGCCCGGCAAGCCAUCUUCACGCAGUUUGACCGCAUGUUGAAGCCCCUGAAGACCAGGAAGGUGCCUGAACAGGAACAAAAUGGCUCCAUUUCGGGUCGCCUGUUCAAGCUGAGCCUCUCCCUCAUGGCCGGAGGAGCCGCAGUCUUCUACGUUCAUGUUCGAGACCCUUCUGUUUUUCCCAACCUGAUGGCCAAACUUAGGGUGACAAUAGUUUGAUUUCCAAAAACCAGACCCUCAGCCCGGAAAUGAGAUACUGAAAUGAUGCUCAAAGUCAUUUUGAUACUAAUGGAGAGGAGGCAUACUUUAAGCCAAAGACACCAAUUCAGAUACAUUUUAGAUCAUCAAACAAAUGUAAAUAUCAGUCAAUGACAACACGACUGAACACAAAAUGUAGUUUUUAAAUGAAACUUUUUAUUAUUAAGGGAGGAAAAAAAAUCCAAACCUACAUGGUCCUGUGUGAAAAAGUGAUUUCCCCUUAAACCUAAUAACUGGUUGGGCCACCCUUAGCAGCAACAACUGCAAUCUAGCGUUUGUGAUAACUUGCAAUGGAGUCAGGAAUUUGGCCCGCUCAUCUUUGCAGAAUUGUUGUAAUUCAGCCACAUUGGAGGGUUUUCCAGCAUGAACCGCCUUUUUAAGGUCAUGCCACAGCAUCUCAAUAGGAUUCAGGUCAGGACUUUGACUAGGCCACUCCAAAGUCUUCAUUUUGUUUAUUUUGAGGCAUUCAGAGGUGGACUUGCUGGUCUGUUUUGGAUCAUUGUCUUGCUGCAGAACCUAAGUUGGUUUCAGCUGGAAGUCACAAAAAGAUUGCCGGACAGACAAAAUUCAUGGUUCCAUUAAUCACAGCAAGUCUUCCAGGUCCUGAAGCAGCAAAAUAGUCCCAGACCACCACACUACCACCACCAUAUUUUACUAUUGAUAUGAUGUAUUUUCUGAAAUGCAGCGUUACUUUUACGCCAGAUGAAAUGGCACACACACCUUCCAAGAAGUUAAUGUGUUGUCUCGUUAGACCACAGAAUAUUUUCCCAAAUAUUUUUUUUUUGGCAAAAUUGAGAUGAGUCUUCAUGUUCUUUUUGUUCAGCUGUGGUUUUCGGCCCGGGACUCGGCCUUGCAGGCCGUUUUUGCCCAGUGUCUGUCUUAUGGUGGAACUGAUCUUAACUAAGGUAAGUGAGGUCUGCAGUUCUUUAGAUGCUGUUGUGGGGUCUUUUGUGACCUUUUGGAUGAGUCGUCACUGUGCUCUUGGGGUCAUUUUGUUUGUCUGGCCACUCCUGCAUGCUUUGGAUUUUUUUUUCCUCCCCUAAUAAUAAAAACUUUCACUUAAAAACUGCAUUUUGUGUUCAGUUGUGUUGUCAUUGACUAAUAUUUAAAUUUGUUUGAUGAUCUGAAACAUUUAAGUGUGACAAUCAAUUAAAAAUUGUAAAAAAUAAGCAAUCAGGAGGGUGGCAAACACUUUUUGACGCCAAUGUAGGCUUCUCAGAGGGUUUAUUAUGCCUAAAAUAAUAUCUCUUUGAUAAGUUUCACUGGUGCAAACAUCAUUUUAAAAUCUCUGGAAUGAAAUAAUGCUAGAAAUGUGUUUUUCGUAUUAAAAAAGUGCUUAUAAGAAGAUAAUACGUCUUUUUCCUGGACAAAUAAGUACAAAAAAUUGGGGCUGUCAAAAAUAGCACAUUAAGGGCGGUAACUAAUUUAUUUAAAUUAUAUUAAUUUUUUUUUUAUAAUUAAAGCAUGUGCACAAUGUCAUGCCACCCCUCUCUGUUAUGACGACAGAUGAGGGCACAAUACCGGUCUUAUAGAACUUUAUUCUGACCUGAACACAUCAACAGCAAUACAAUUCUAACGCCAUAUAUGUGUCUUCAAGUCACAAACACGUCUCUAGUCGUCCUCUGUACGACACUUCUUCAUUGUCACUAUGACAACAAGGUGCAUUCAGGGACACUCCGAACAUCAUAACAACAUCUUUAUUUUAUAUGUAUAGUAUGUUUAGUCUAAAUGAAAGCCAAACUCUAAAUGAAAGAGAGAAAAACAGUAAUGGGAUAUUAUCACACACUAGCGUAACUGCGGAAGUACAGUUUGCAUUUAAGUAUGCCCGGAUAUCCCAGAAAUCGCAAUAUCACGGUUCGAGUAUCGAUCCCUCGCUAUAUCACGUUUUUUUUCAGAAAUUAAUGAAUUAACAAAAGAUUGCUGUUUUGUGUUUGACUAUGGUAUAUUUUUAGUCAAAACAAUGCAAGUGAUAUGUAGUAUUCUGGUCACUAGGCGGCAGUAAUGGCACAAAAUAGAGACGUUAUCUUAUAUUUCCUUAACACUGCAUGAGUUCAUGAAGUCAGCCAUGGCAUGUCCAUGAUAGAGUGAAAGUUUUUGGCUUCUUAAGUUAAGAACAAAUCAAUUUUAGGCUAACUGGUUAGCUCACUCGCUCGCUGCCAGCUUGUUAGUGCCCUAGCUUGCUAGCUACCUGCCGUCUGGAGUCCUUGCAGCACAACAGUUGAGCAAUGUGUUGUAAACAAAGAAUAAUAGGAGUGUAGAGGUGACUAUAUGGGUGUUAUUUCAUGGCUACAGGGCUCUAAUAAUGUUAAAAACGGUAUUUAGAAAGUCAUAAACAAUUUUUCUAUGCUCUAGGUAUGAAAAUAUUCCAUUUAUUAAUAUUAAAUCCUAUAUCACAAAAAUUCAUUUAUCGCCGUCGGGUCUGGAACCUUUUAACCGCUAUAAACAAGGAGCAACUGUACACUCAAAACAGUGCAUUCAACAUCAAAAAUGAUGUGGUGUCUUUGAACGAAACCCUCAUGACCCAUAAUAACACGGUUAAAGUGUGAUUCAAAAGUUCUGCUACUAGUGAAGAGACUGGUGUUUAUUUUAAAAUGUGUGCUAUCUAUUAGCAUGAUUAAAAUGUUCAGUUUAUUUGAAGCUGUUAUAUAUUGUUAUAUAAUGUCAUUUCUCUUUUGUUCAUAAAAUACAGUAAAAAAAAAAGGGCAUAUUUCACACAUAGUUGCAAAUGGUGAUUAAUCAUGAUUAAUUAAUUAUUGAUCAUGAUUAACAUUUUUCAGCCCUACGUAAAAUGAAAUAAAUUUAAAGGGAUAGUUCGGAUUUUUUGACAUGAAGUUGUAUGACAUCCUCAUCAGCAGUGUAGCGUAUCAACAGCGACUCACCCCCCACUUGGUCUCCUAAGUCCAGUUCUGGUUGGAUUUUGGCGAUGAAGAACAUAGUUCCAGGUAGUUGCUGGGGUUUCACAAGUAAGGAGUUUGGCUUCUCAAAAAAUAUUCGUUCAAAAGUGUAAUACAUGUCAGACUCAGGGAGCCGUGUUACUUGGAUCCCGAAAUGCAGACACAGGGGUUAGUCCAAAAGUUCAAAAUAUAUUUAAUGAACAACAGAGGAGGCACAAAACAGGAACUCAGGGCGACGGUGCAAAAAAACUAAGGAGGGCACCGUGGGCAGAAAACAAGAACAGCUAUGAACUAAAGAGUGCUGGAGUGCCACUUGAGCUGGACGGAGGUCUGGUGCAGCAGGUGGACUUAGCUGGUUGGAGUAGCGUGAAGAACUGCAACAGGAGAAUACAGGUAAGCAGGAGAAGUGCACAUGGUUUGGAAGCACCAACAUGGAGAAUAAUCCAGCACUGGCUGGCUGCAGGUGAGGAGACUAAAAAGGUAGCUGAUUGAACACAGCUGCAGGGAUCCGGCAGCUCCGCCCAGCUCAGGAGGUGUCACCGUCUGAGCAAGUAAGCAGAGGAGAGGUCAGCAAUAACAUACAACAUAAUGGAAAACAGCACAAAACUAAAACAGGCGACAAGUGUCACCGUAGCGCGUGACAAUACAUUUGCAUUACAAAAAUGCCUACUCAAAAAAAACAGACCACAGUAGGUUUGAGUAGGCGUUUUUGUGAUGCGAAUGUAUUACUCUUUUGACUGCAUAUUGUUUUGAGAAGCCAAACUCCUUAUUUGUGAAACCCCAGCUACUACUUGGACCUACAUUCUUCAUCACCAAACUCCGACCCGUACUGGACUAAGGGGGCCAAGUGGGGUGUGAGUCGCUGUUGACGGACUACACUGCUGAUGAGGAUGUCAUACAACUUCAUGUCAAAAAAUCCAAACUAUCCCUUUAACUAUAUUAGUUAAUUAAGUUAAUUAACACCAUUCUAAUGGCCAUACAUUUUAUGACCGAAUGAAAAACAAUGAAAACCAUAAAAUUUAAUCAAUUUUUUUAAAAAAAGAAAAA